AAAGUUCAGAUCUUUAAAUAAAAAAAGCAUAAUAUAAUAUGAAUAACUGCAAAAAAGAAAAUGAUAAUUGUAGAAAAAGGAUUAAAAAAUCUGAAAAAACAGGAAAAACAAAAGUUUUAUCUAAGUCAGUAAUUUCUCCAAAUUCUGCUUUAGAUAGGAUUUCUAAUCAAAAAUUAAUAUUUAAUCUUUCAGCAGAUCUUAAGAUUAAUCAAGAAAAUCCCUUUUUUAUUGAAAAAAAUAGGAAAUUAUAUACAUCACCAUUUAUCAAAAAUAUCAUGAAUAAAAGAAGUAAAAAUUUAUGGGAAGCAGUUAGUAGAGAUUUAAAUGGCGAGUUAAUUGGAGAAAAAAAUGAUUUUUUUUCAAAAAAAAGUGAAAAAAGUCCCCAGAAUUCAGUACAAUGUUUAGAAUUUUCUGAAAUUUCGAAAUCUAGUACAAAUCCUAGUCUUUUCAUUGAUCAUAAACAUAAUAUGAAAAAAAAAAAUAUGGAUAACUGCUCUAAACCUAAUUUUAUUACUAUUAAUUCAUCUGGAUCUGAUGAGGAAUUGUUAUUAAGUCAUGAUAGUAGUUCAGUAGAAAAAUAUCAUGGAGAAAUAUAUGAACCUUCUAUAGUUAAUUCUAAUGAACCGGGAAUGUGUUCUUUAUUACUAGCAGAAGAUUCUAAUUUGGAUAAAAAUCAAAAAAUUGAUUUAAAAAACCUAAAGGCCAAAAAAUAUACAUUUUUUGCAGAAGAUAAUCUGGAAUUAAUUAAUAAAACUUUAGAUAGUUCUCUUUACAUAAAAAGUCUUAACGAAAACAUGUCUUCAAAAAUUAUGAAAAAUGAUAUAAAUAAUGAUAUAUUAGAUGAAUACGAAUUGGAAAUAAGGAAAAAUCCAUAUGUUACUGAAAAAAAAGAUUUAGUCAAAGCAAUAGAAACGAAGCAUAUUUUUCAUCCUGAGAAAAUUACAAUGCCUGAUUUUCAGAAUUACACACUUAUUCAAUUACAGUCUGAGGUUUCAAAAUAUGGUUUUAAAAUAAUGCGUUCACGAAAAACGAUGAUUGAUUUAUUAGUUAAAUGUUGGGAGCUAUCUAAUUCUUCAGGGCAAAAACAAUUAAUUAAGAAUGAUAAAUAUAACAAUUGUGCAUUUUCUCAAACUUUUAGUAAUACUUUAUUAGAACAAAGUGUUACGGGUACAUUAGAAAAUUGUACAUUGUUAGCGCAUUUGGAUAGUAAUUUACAGGAUAUUUUUUUGACUAUUACAAAAAUUCUUAAAAGUACAGUUGGUGAAAUAUAUUGGUUUAAAAUAUUACGUUAUGAACCAAUUGUUCUUGAGCAGUUUAUUAAAUGGUUGUUUGAACAGAAUAUAGUUACUACACUUGACAUUGUUAAACAAUAUUGUAAUAUAUAUGGUAUAUGUUGUGUACAUCUUAAAACCAAUCGUGGUUUUGCAAGAAAGUAUUUAUAAAAAUUCUUAAUAGCAUUGUAU